AGUAAAGAAGUAGGAUUUUAUUUCUCUUCGAACGGGGAACAGCAGCAGCUGCCAUUUCUCCUCUUUGAAGAAAAUGGCGGGUGCAUUGCUGCGCUCGCUCUGGUCUUCGACCGGAAAAUCCCUCUGUUCAUCUUCUACUCGAUUCAAUCCUCUCAAUACCUCAUCUUUCCCUCACAUCCCGCCUCUUCUCCGGAGCUUUUCUGCAUCGGCGUCCCCCGCCUCGCUCUCCUCCUCUGCUGCUGCUGCUGCCAGCAGCUCCUUGGACCCGACCCGGCUCCGAAACGUGGCCGUGAUUGCCCACGUGGACCACGGGAAGACGACGCUGAUGGACCGACUUCUCCGCCAGUGCGGGGCCGACAUACCCCACGAGCGUGCCCUCGACAACAUCUCCCUCGAGCGCGAGCGCGGCAUCACCAUCGCUUCCAAGGUCACUUCUAUCUCAUGGAAGGAAAACGAGCUAAACAUGGUUGAUACUCCUGGACAUGCAGAUUUUGGCGGUGAAGUUGAACGGGUUGUCGGCAUGGUUGAGGGAGCAAUUUUAGUUGUAGAUGCCGGUGAAGGGCCCCUUGCACAGACAAAGUUUGUUCUUGCAAAAGCUUUAAAAUAUGGAUUACGCCCAAUUCUCCUCCUCAACAAAGUUGACCGGCCUUCAGUUUCUGAAGAGAGAUGCAAUGAGGUGGAGAGCCUGGUGUUUGAUCUUUUUGCAAAUCUUGGUGCUUCAGAGGAACAACUAGACUUUCCAGUUCUUUAUGCAUCUGCGAAGGAGGGAUGGGCUUCCUCCACCUUUACCAAAGAUCCUUCUGAUGAUACCAGGAAUAUGUCAGAACUGCUUGAUGCCAUUAUAAGAUAUGUCCCUCCACCAACAGCAAGCCUUGAGACACCUUUCCAGAUGCUGGUUUCCAUGAUGGAGCGUGACUUUUAUCUUGGUCGGAUACUGACUGGGCGCAUAUCUUCCGGAGUUAUUCGCAUUGGUGAUAGAGUACAUGGCCUCCAUAGUACAGAUGCUGGAGUACAGAAAAUUGAGGAGGGAAAGGUUUUGAAACUUAUGAAAAAGAAGGGUACAAGCAUGGUUCUGAUUGAAAGUGCUGGUGCUGGAGAUAUAAUAUCAAUGGCUGGUUUGACAAGUCCGUCAAUAGGGUACACGGUGGCAAAUGUGGAGGUUAUGACUGCACUGCCCACUGUUGAAUUAGAUCCCCCGACCAUUUCCAUGACUUUCACUGUCAAUGAUUCUCCAUUGGCAGGACGUGAUGGGACCCAUUUGACUGGGGGGAAAAUUGGUGAUCGGCUGAUGGCUGAAGCAGAAACAAAUCUUGCCAUAAACGUUCUUCCAGGCUUGUUGUCAGAGUCCUACGAAGUACAGGGGAGGGGCGAGCUACAACUAGGUAUCCUAAUUGAAAACAUGAGGCGUGAAGGGUUCGAGCUUUCUGUUUCACCACCAAAAGUGAUGUAUAAGACCGAGAAUGGUCAAAAACUUGAGCCACUGGAAGAGGUGACCAUUGAGGUAAAUGAAGAGCACGUCGGACUGGUUAUGGAAGCACUAUCACAUAGGCGGGGCGAGGUUGUUGACAUGGGUCCUGUUCCAGGGAAUGUUGGCAGGACUAGAAUGUCUUUGACUUGUCCAUCGAGGGGCCUAGUUGGUUAUAGAAGCGUGUUUAGCAGUGAUACACAUGGCACUGGAUUUAUGCAUCGUGCUUUCUUGACCUAUGCAAAAUAUCGAGGUCCUCUUGGAAAUGUCAGGAAAGGGGUAUUGGUAUCCAUGGGCAACGGGAUUAUCACAUCGCAUGCACUGAUGAGUUUAGAAGCGCGUGGAAUUCUCUUUGUAUCUCCGGGCAUGGAGACAUAUGACGGCAUGAUAGUUGGCGAACACUCUAGGGAUACUGAUCUUGACAUCAACCCUGUAAGAACAAAAGAACUGACAAAUGUGCGUGCUGCGGGCAAGGAUGAAAAUGUGCGGUUGUCCCCGCCUCGUCUGAUGACUUUGGAAGAAGCUAUUGGGUAUGUUGCAGCUGAUGAGCUAAUUGAGGUUACACCAAAAGCUGUGCGGUUGAGGAAGAGAUACCUUGAUGCGAACAAGCGAAAAGCAAUGAGAAAUAAGCCCAAGGAAUGAGGACGAUGCCCUCAACAAUUUUGUAACCUUAUCAUUAUUCUUUUUUACUUUUGAAUUUUACCACACUGUAGUAUUAUUAUGAUGAAAUUUUGAUAAACGAUUGUUCUUAAAAAAAGGAAAAAACAAACAAACAAGAAAACAAACUUCAGUUGUUGAAUUUUAAAAAUAAUGCAUGUGGUGAAUAGCUAUUACAUUCAUGAAAUUAUACAACGGUUGGAUUCUCUAUUCUG